CCGAGUUGAUUAUUGUUAACAUUUUAAUGAUUUUUGUCCGCUAGGUCUCCUUGAUGAGUUUCACCUGAGGAAAAGGACUCCUUCAGGUGUGUGAACUUGAGCCAUUAGGUCCAACCCAUUUGGCAGUUGCUGGUACAGACGACUGAAAUUAGAGGAAGAUCAGAAAUCUUCAAAACCCAGAGCAGCAGUUGUCUUAACGGUCCCGAAACGUUCUUAGGUUCUUUGCAGUCAACAUUCACGGGUUAAGAAGCUUGCAAUGCCAUGACGGGCUGAGGGUGCAUUUCUGGACGCUGCUUAUUCCCGCUUCCUUCCAUCUGUUUCAGGCAAAUCAUUAUGCAGUUCUAAUUAGAACAAUCUUCUAAACACUCUCUCCAGAGCGACAUUCUUCCAAACACGGUUUAAGCAGGCCAGAGACACCUGCCUAGGACCCUAAGCGUCUGGAAGUCUCUCCCAGUGAAUUGGGUCUCAUCUCCUGCCGAGUAGGCAAGUUCAAUUAUUGGCAGAUUUGGUUUCUACUCUCCGCGCCCCGCCCCGCGCCAUCCUGGGGAGCAGCGGGAAUAAAUGAUCCGCCCCUGGCCGGUGCUCACCCGACUGGCCAGAGCGCAGCGCUGUGACCGAAGCGCGCGGGGCGAUCGCGAGGCGCCCCCUCCCUCUCCCCGCGCCGCCUCCAGCGCGAGUGACAGCGCGCCCUCCGGGCUCCGGAGCGGCGACGCCGAACAAUCCCGGGCAGGGCUCGCCUUGCCGGUGACAUCACUCCUGAAGAUACUCCUCGCUCCCAGCGCCUGCCUUCCCCAGGCGUCGUCCGUGUGUCCGUCUCCGCCUUUUCGCUGCCGAAGAGCGCUCAUCACUGGCUGGGGACAGAGCCGGGCACCGAGGAGCGACAGGAUCCCGAGGAGGAGAGAGAGCGAAGGCAGCGAGGGAAGGAGGACCCCGGCAGGCAGCAGCAUGAAAUUCAGCCCAGCGCACUACCUGCUGCCUCUCCUGCCCGCGCUGGUCCUCAGCACCAGACAGGACUAUGAAGAGCUAGAAAAGCAGCUGAAAGAAGUCUUUAAGGAGCGGAGCACCAUUCUUCGUCAGCUGACAAAGACAUCAAGAGAACUUGAUGGAAUUAAAGUCAACCUUCAGUCUUUAAAAAACGAUGAGCAAUCUGCCAAAACUGAUGUUAAGAAACUUCUGGAAUUAGGACAGCAACAAAGAGAAGAAAUGAAAUCUCUUCAGGAGGCCCUGCAAAAUCAACUUAAAGAGACAUCGGAGAAAGCAGAAAAACACCAGGCUACUAUUAAUUUUUUAAAGACUGAAGUUGAAAGAAAGAGCAAAAUGAUCCGAGACCUCCAGAAUGAGAAUAAAAGCUUGAAAAACAAACUCUUGUCAGGAAACAAGCUCUGUGGCAUUCAUGCAGAAGAGUCCAAAAAAAUCCAAGCCCAGCUGAAGGAGCUUCGUUAUGGGAAGAAGGAUUUAUUAUUUAAGGCGCAACAGCUUACUGAUCUGGAACAAAAAUUAGCUGUAGCCAAAAAUGAACUGGAGAAAGCAGCUCUUGACAGGGAGUCACAGAUGAAAGCAAUGAAAGAGACUGUGCAGCUCUGCUUGACAUCCGUUUUCCGUGAUCAGCCUCCUCCCCCUUUAAGUUUAAUCACGUCAAAUCCCACUCAGAUGUUACUCCCACCCAGGAAUAUUGCCUCUAAGCUUCCAGAUGCAGGGGGCAAAAGCAAGCCUCAACAAAAUGCUUCUGGAAACAAUGAGAGCUCUCAAGUUGAGUCAACAAAGGAAGGAAAUCCACGUACCACUGCCUGUGACUCUCAAGACGAAGGCAGAACCUGUUCAAUGACGCACAAAGAAAGUCCUCCAAGUAAUGCCGCUGCAGAAACUGAGCCUAUCCCACAGAAAUUGCAAAUGCCUCCUUGUUCUGAAUGUGAGGUGAAAAAAGCCCCAGAAAAACCAUUGACCAGCUUUGAAGGGAUGGCAGCUAGAGAAGAAAAAAUACUGUAAAUACUAAGAAACUGUGUUAAAAACGUCCAUUUGCUAUUGUCUUCAUACUCUUUUUAGACCACAAGCUUGAUGGAAAUACUAAGUUUCUAAAGCAUGCAACUUUUUCACAAUUUUAUGUAACUUUAUAAAGUAGUCUACAAAUUUUCAAAGAUUCCAGACCAAUUAUGAUCCUUAAGCAAUAACCUAAUUGAAAUGAAUAUCCACAGUCAUAAAAAUUUUUUUGUCAUCGGUAAAUUGCCCCAUAUAAAUUGGUCUGGUUUAACUCAAAUGCUAUCUAACAUGUAAUUCUCCUGGUUCGUUUGGAUAUCUAGUACUUCUAUGAUGUAGUUGUCAAAAUCAACUAGAGGAUAAUAAAAUAUUGUGGGUUCUCAGCAUUCUUAGAAUCCAAAUUACAAUCAUAUCUAUAAGGGUUUAGUCCACAUGAGCCAACUGAAGUCACUUUCCUCAAGGUUGGAAUUUGUGCCAACCUAAAUACGUUGUUUCUUUGAUGGUGUUUAUUGCUAUUGGUAUUAUUUUGAACUACUAACAAUCAUUUUGUCUAAACAAUGCUAAGACAAUUCUGGGUCAAGAAUUUUGUCAGCUAACAUAAUUCAUUAAGUAUUUUUGGCAUCAUAUAGACAAAAUAUUUGGAUGAAUGACUAAAUUUCUGACAAGAUUAAAUAUUUUGGCAUUCUAUAGACACAUCUCUUAUGUAUGUCUACUGCAAUUACUCCAAGUUAAUAACCGAGUUGUCUGAAAUACUUGGCAGGAUUUUUGGUAUGAAGUUGGGUAGCGGAGUAGGGAAUGAAGAGUGAGUUCUAAAAUACAAAUAUGAAAGCAGGUAAUACCUAUUACAAAGCAGGGGUUUGAUGAAAGUACAAUAGCCAUGUUGAUUCAAUAAACCCAGUUGCAUAUUUUUUGAAAACAAAUGUGUUAUUGAAAUAAAUCAAUGGCAGUGUUAAUCCUUAAGAGUUCUGAUUUUCUAUAGGAAUAUCACUAAUCAAAUAAAUGCACUCAUGAAUAAUUGGAAAGUAGCUCACAAGCAAGUGGAAUUGACCCUUGAAUAAUUAUCUGGUUAAUAGGUUUCAUAGGACAUUCAAAGUUGCAGACUCAGUUAAUGACUACAGUUAAGUUGUCUGAACUGAAAAAUCAUUUCUUUUGUUUAGAACCUUUUUGCAACUGUAGAAUGCAUAUUAAACCAUUGGUUUUACAGGAUGGAUCUGUCAAACCACAAUAUAUACAUUUGGAUCAGUGUAUCCUAGAAGAUAAUUAAUAAAAAUAUAUUAAAGGAAGUGUGUAAUCAAUAGAUGAACUUAGAUUCUGAGAUUUAAUGGCAUACCUCUGAUCAAAAUGGCAUAUUGAAAUAAAUUUAAAGUUUUGGAGAAUUGGAAAAUAUCAUUAGCUGUAAAAGUAACAUUAUCAUGUAUUUAUGUAGCAAUUCUAUUUUCAGAAUGGUUCAGUGUCACUUAUUGGCACAGACAGGUGCCAACCACAGUGGUUCAACUUAAUGAUUUUUUGAUGAUUCCGUGAAAACUUCAUAAUUUCUAUAUACUUUGAAUUUUGAAUUUUUGUUUUUUGUUUUUUUGGAGGGCUAGUGAUACAUGGUCCAUGAGAUAUUCAACAUUUUAUUAUAAAAUAGGGUUUGUGUUAGACAAUUUGCCCAACUGUAGGAUGAGGUAUAUGUUCUGAGCACAUUUAAGCAGGUUUAAGUUAGGGUGGGCUAUGAUUUUCCAUAGGUUAGGUAUCUUAAAUGCAUUUUAGACUUACAAUGUUUUCAACUUUGGAUUUGUUUAUCUGUAUGUAACCCUAUUGUAAAUCAAGGGGCAUUUACAUUUUUCAUAAAACCAGCUACCCAAGAAAAAAAGAUAAUUAGCUUUAUGGAUGAUCUAUAGAGCUUUCAGAUGAAGUCACCAGGAUAAAAUAAAAGAUCAAGGUCUGAAGUUUCUGCUGACUCCUUCAUAUUUCUAAAAAUAAUUUAAUUAUAGAAACUAGAAUACUGCUAGUCUCGCAAGUCCUGUUCCUUGUAAUUUUCCCACUGUGCUCAGUGGCCCUAACCAUCUCCAUAGUUUCAUGACAGGGAAGCAGAUCAUUUAUUUUUAAUUUAUAUUCAGUCUCCCACCUCCACCCUGGGGCCCAACUUCCCUUGUAGGCCCUGUGGGUCCUAUGGAAAGUUAUUCACCAUGUCAUCUAGCACAGCAUGUUUUGAAGCAUCUUUGGAAUGAAAAAAAAGGAGAAUCAGGCUGUUAUUUUCUGAAAUUGUCAUGAGAGAUAACAUGUUGAACGGUAAGAACUCAGGUUGAUAUUAAUCACGUUUUCAUCAAGCUUCAUUUUAAAGUUGUUUAUUUUCUCUAUGUUCUAAAUUUCUUUUAUUAAUUCCUGGCUUGAUCAAGUGGGCUUUGGAUCCAUAUGAUUUUUUUUUUUUUUUGAAAUGAAGUCUCGCUCUUGUUACCCAGGCUGGACCGCAAUGGUGCGAUCUCGGCUCACUGCAACCUCUGCCUCCCGGGUUCAAGUGAUUCUCCUGCCUCAGCCUCCCGAGUAGCUGGGAUUACAGGUACCUGCCACCAUGCCCGGCUAAUUUUUAUGUUUUUAGUAGAGACGGGGUUUCACCACGUUGGCCAGGCUGGUCUUGAACACCUGACCUCAGGCGAUCCACCUGCCUCAACCUCCUUCCAAAGUACUGGGAUUAUAGGUGUGAGCCACCGCACCCGGCCAAUGUAUUUUUUCCUUUAAAUAUAUAUGGCAUUAUACAUCCAGCAAAGUUUACUAUGUUAUAUUCAUUGCAUCAUUUGUUUUAAAAAACAAAAAGAAACUUGUAGCAGGAGACCUUUAAAAAUAUUUUUAGGAGUUCCUUUUAAUAGCUAAGUUUGAGAUUCUUUUUUUGUAUAUUCUAUGACUGUACCUUAAUGAAUACAUUUUAUUUAUCUCAGUUUCUAAUUGCUUUAAAAUAUAAUCAGAUAAGUUAAAAAUGUUUCUCUUACAUUUGUGAAUUUGUGUAUGAGAAAGGAGCCAUUUCUUACAUCUUUUAAUUAACAACUAAAUAAACAGAUAUUGUUUUAAAGGAAUUAACACUUAAAUCCCAACCGUCCUUAUAUGGAAUAAAAUAUCAACCUAAAUGUUGAUUAUAGAGAGUAUAAUUCUAUUAUGUACCUGUAAUGAUAAGCAGUGAAAGAUUACUUACAUUUUGAAAAAUAUGUAAUUGAUUCUUAUUAAGAAAAAAGAUAUUUUCCAAUGGAAUAACUUGUUUUAAUAGAGAUACAACCAGAACCAACAAUUGUAUUUCUCUAUAGUUAUUUUAAAAUAGUAAUCAAUGCUAUGUAUUUGAUGUAUUUGUUUCCAAAUUAGAAAUUUCUUUUGGCUUUGUGUUUUCUUUUAUGUGCAUUAAAUAUGUAAACUGAACCUGUUCCUAAAAUGCAUUAAACUUAAAUGAGUGCUGUGUCUAUCCAAUGCCAAAAUUCUCAGAAGAAAAGUGAAUAAUUCAGUCAUUCAUCUGGAUGUGGUUUUCUGUGUAAUCUCAAGUAUCUGAAUAUUGAAAAAACUAGGUUGCUAACUUUUUUCAUUCCUUAUGCAGAUGUUUAGCAUCAUAGUGCUGUUUCAGAUACAGAUCUGUUUCAUAAAAUAUCCUCAAUUACAAGUCUAAGACAGUUAUAUGUAAAGAAAAUGUACUAUUUUAGAUGAGCAAUGUGGAUAACCGAACUAAAACAAUAUUUGUGAACUUUGCUAUAAUGAAAUCUUUUAUUUUUAUAGCUCAGGUAUUGUAAUUAGCACUAAUUGCAGCAGAGGCUGAAAUAAUUAUUGACACCAUAGCGUACCAUAGAAUAGGUUGAACUGGCCAGACCUAGAGAGUGAAGAAAACAUAUACUGUUUACUUAGGAGACAUUUUCUUAGUCGUGUGUAUAGUCCUAAACUUCCCCAAACUAUGUGUUCAUUUGGAUUGUGUUAUAUAAUAUUAACAGUCGAAUGAUGAAGAAUAAAAGAUGCUGAAAGAUGGCCUAUUUUUGUUCAAUAAAGAUUGUUACAAGAAUA